GACAGAGACAGAGACAGAGGCAGGAGCAGGGACAGAGACAGAGGCAGGAGCAGGGACAGAGGCAGGGACAGAGAUAGUGAUGCGGUGACACAUGGCUACUGGUGCCGCCUGCAUGUGUGCUCUGACUGCGGCUUCCUCUCACCAUUCACACGGAAACAGCAGAGGCUGCAGGAGCUGCUGGAGGCUGCCGCAACCACCGAACAGGAGCAACCCACCGAAGAGACUCUGAGGACCAGCGACCGGGGACCGUCAUCAUCAUCAUCACCAUCAUCUUCACUCUCUCUUCCUUCUGCGUGUGACAGAUAGCGUGUGUCCCUGCCGAGCCGCCGUAGCCAUGGGUGAUAACAUGUCCAAACGGCUGAAGCUCAUCUCGUCUUCAGACUCAGAGAUGGAGGAGCGGUCUUUUCCAAACCCUUACCCGGACUGGGACCAGGGACUUCUCACUUCGACCUCCGGAGCAGACGCAAAUGACAGCGAUGACUUUGACGCAGAAGUAACGGCAAACGCUGCCUUCCAGAAGAAGGUCCAGACUAAGAUCAAAGAUCUCCUUCAGCAGAUGGAGGAGGGCCUGAAAACAGCUGACCCACAUGACUUCUCCACCUACACAGGCUGGACAGGUAUUGCCCUGCUGUACCUACAGCUACACAAAGACUCCAAUGAGGCCUCACACCUGCAGAGGGCGCUGGACUAUGUGAAGAGAGCCAUGAGGAUCCUGAAUGGCCGUAAAGUGACAUUCUUGUGUGGCGAUGCGGGGCCUCUGGCGGUGGGUGCAGUGGUCAACCACAAACUCAACAACACAGCGGACAGCAAAGACUGUCUUUCUAGACUCCUCCAGCUGCAGAGGUCAGUGCUGAGUCCAGAUUCAGAGAUGCCAGAUGAACUGCUGUAUGGCCGUGCCGGCUACUUGUACGCUCUGCUCUACGUAAACAAAGAGAUGGGAGGCGACACGGUGGAUGAAAACAUCAUUACAAAGGUGGUGACGGCCAUCAUGGAGUCGGGUAAGAACCUGUCAGCUGAGGAGAAGAAAACGGACCGCUGUCCUCUGCUCUACGAGUGGCACAAAAAGCAGUACAUCGGUGCUGCCCAUGGCCUCGCUGGAAUCUACUACAUACUCAUGCAGCCAGGAGCAAAGGUGCAAGCAGACGUGCUGUCAGAGUUGGUCCGUCCCAGCAUCGACUACGUCCGCCACAAGAGGUUCCGCUCCGGGAACUUCCCGUCAUCCCUGAGUAACGAGAGCGACCGCCUGGUUCACUGGUGCCACGGAGCGCCUGGUGUCAUCCAUGUGCUUGUCAUGGCUCAUCAGGUAUUUAAAGAGGAGAAAUACCUGAAGGAAGCUGUGGAGUGUGCUGAGGUGAUCUGGCAGCGAGGUCUGCUCAGGAAAGGCUAUGGUAUCUGCCACGGCACAGCUGGCAAUGGCUAUGCCUUCCUGUCUCUUUACAAGGUCACCCAGGACAAGAAAUACCUGUACCGGGCCUACAAGUUUGCUGAGUGGUGUUUGGACUACGGCACCCACGGCUGUCGCAUCCCAGACAGACCCUACUCUCUCUUUGAAGGUAUGGCAGGAACCAUCUUCUACCUGUCAGAGAUGGCCAACCCUGAAGCUUCCUCAUUCCCUGCCUUUGAACUUUGACCUGCUGAUGGAUGUGUGUGGGGUCGGCCCAUCCACUGGACAAUGACGCACUGCAUUUGUUAGAGUUUUCAACCGCGAUCGUCGUGUUUGUCAUUGAAUGUAUGACACGGGACUGAGCAGCAUCAAAGCAAAGAAAUAGAGGAUGAUUGUUGUCUUAGAUCCAGUGAAUGGAUGAAUGAGGACCGUGCCAGUGGAGAAUUCUCAUGUGUUCAUCCUUGUGCUCUGAUGCCUCGUCAUCCUCUUGCAGUGUAAGGUGUUGGGAGGGAAAGACAAUGAUCCUCUGCUCAGCUCCUCAUCGAUGACAGUUGAUUGUCAGUUAACAGAGGAGAACACACCCUGAGACCCCUGCCUUUAAUAUUGCACCACCUCGGCCAAGAAAGAGGGUGUGUGUGUGUGUGUGUGUGUACAUGUACUGAAUGUUUCCGUCUGUCUUUCUGAGGACCAGUUGAUAGAGUGAGGUAAAAAAACGGACCCUUUCUCCUGUUUUUGAGAGUUGAGCCUUGGUGUUACUGUCAGUGAGGGUAAUGUGUGGAGUUCAGACACUAACACCAAUAUUCUCAUUGCUGCUGUCUUGUGUAAUUGAACGGACACACGUGACCGCCUCAGUUUCAUGCGUCCUGUUGUGUUUUCAGUUGAAGUUAAAACUCGUCCUCUUCAGUUAAUUCAACAUGAAAUCCUUCCAUUAAUUCAAUAAAGAAAAGAAAUAAACUUGAGUGAUGGUG